UAAUCCACCGUUUCAGUUUGACUCGUGAAGUAGUGCAGUCGUCUACCGGCACAACCGAGCUCAUCCGCUACAGGAGACAGUUGUAUUUCACAAUAUUUCACUGUAAAUAACGAGCUGCGCAGCAGAACGAAUUAGCUACCUAGUUUAGGGUCGGAAUGGCGCACUGAGUAUUAAGAAUCCAGACCAUCGUUCACUCUUAGUUGAGUCCGUUGACUGAACGAUGACCUUGCUGAACUACGUUGAACCUCCCAACAACAACUUGGUGUGUUGCAUAUGCCACACUCCUUUCACGGACCCAACGACCACGAGGACAUGCAUGCACACCUUCUGCCGUGAUUGCAUCGUAGAAGCUGUCAGCCACUCACCACAGUGUCCCAUCGACCGCUUGCCGCUCUCGGUAGACGAUCUUUCACCUGCGAACCCGAUCGUGAAACACCUCGUCGAAGAACUCCUGGUUGAGUGCCCACAACGGAUUGCAGGGUGCACGUACGCUUGUCAGCGUCAAUUGCUAGCGUCUCAUCUCCAGAACGCAUGUCUAUAUGUCACAGUGCCGUGUCCCGAAGAUGACUGUGAUCUAUCAAUCUUCAGGAAAGACCUCGGAAAGCAUGCCGAUGUAUGUAUCCAUCGCUCUACUCAAUGUCAGGGUUGUGGUGUCUCAGUGAAGUAUGGUGACCUCAACGAUCACUACUCCGAAUGCUCAUCGAAAAUGGCUACAUGCUCUCUUUGCGCUGCUGAGUUUCCAAGAUCAGAGACACAGCUACACACCGCCUGCUGUCCAACUGUCGAAGUGCCAUGUGUACAUGUCGACAAUGGGUGUCCUUGGAACGGACCCCGCUGCGAGCUAUUGACUAUCCAUGUCCCAAUGUGUCCCUAUGAGGCCAUCAAAGGCUUCUUUACUAUCCACGCCGCCAAGACAUCCAUGUUCAUGACGGAAAACGUUACCCUGAAGAAGAGGGUCCAGGCUUUGGAAGGCGUCGUGCAAACCAUGCAACGUGACAUGCAACGUAUGAAGAACAUCCUGCGACCCUGGUAUCAGUUUGAGACGCAACAAUGGAAUCGGGAGUUGGCGACUCAGGUUCCCGCAGGAAGUGAUGGCAACCAAAGCAUGAUCGAGAUACUGGCUUCCCGCGAUAUCACAGGCCGUGUGGAACUUCGUCCUAUGUCGCCUUCCGACAUGGCACCUCCGCCCGUUCACCCGGCUGACGUAGAUGAUGCUGCAGCAUAUUUUUCCGUCGCCCGAGAAGCAGGAUUCGUAGACGCUCACCACCAUACGGCGGCUACACGCCGUCCAUUCGGUAACCUGUCCGACGGCCAUACGCAAGUACAUCAACGGUCGCUUCUGGUUCCUAUCGCCCCCCUGAACCUGAGCACAUCUUUGGAAGGAACGUUAUCUGGAUUGAGGGACUCUGUAGCGGCGAUAUCUGCUUCUGUCGAGUCCAUGGCUCGCCGAAAUGAUAUUGUGCAUACGACCGAGAGCAUGCGGAUUAACGAGGAGCUUGGUUCAUUGAGGUAUGCUAUUCACGGCAUACGGCUACAGUUGCACCGUCUUAUGAUGGACAGAAAUGGCCAGCUGUCUAGACUGCCCGGUGAUUCGGCGCCUUCCUUUCCUGCGGUUGGCAUCACGCCCAUUGGACCUAGCCUACCUUCCCAGUCUGUCCACCCUCCAAUGAUGCCGCCAUCCUUCCCUGGAGCGCCAGGGACCAGGUUAUAGGCAUUUGUUGUGCUCAGGCUCGACUCAGAUUUGACAUUGCCGACAGUCACGGAUAUCCACUGCGGAGUUUUUGUGGUGUCUAAAUACGGUCAUUAACCGAGACCGCCUCGUCUUGAAUUCUCCCAGAUUGCCAAUUUCAAAGAU